AGAUUUCUGUACGUUUUUCAAAAUUUCUGCGCUAGCAGCUGUUUUCUCAACAAGUCCGCAGCUGGUAAUCAACACACUGAGCAAAGCUGAUAUACUUUCAGUUCUUCUGGUAAUAUCUCCUUGGUGAGCUUGGAAAUACUGACUCAACUCAUCGGACAAAAAUAGAAAAGGUCAUAAUGGCAGAGUUCAUUUUCGGUCCCUUUGUUGAGAAGCUUGCAGAUUGCACUAUUGCUGCAAUUUCCGGCCAAUUUAAGUACAUGUUUUGCUACAAUAAGAACGUUCAAAAUUUGAGGUCUAAAGUGCAAGAUCUCGAAAAUAAAAGAAAUGAUGUGCAAUCAUUAGUGGUUGGAGCAAAAAGAAAUGCGUUCGUUAUUAAAUCAGAGGUGAAAGCAUGGCUGAAAAAGGUUGAUGAUUUAAAGAAACAGGCUGAUGAAGUUUUGAACAGCACAACAAAUUCUGAAAUGCGAUGCCUAUACCUUAGGUGUCCAAAUUUGAAAACCCGUUACUUGCUGAGUAGGAAUGCUACAAAGAAGAUUACUGCAAUUGUUGAGCUCCAAGAAGAAUGUAAAUUUGGUGAGUUGGGCGUACGUGCACCACUAGAGUUGCCGUCUUUCCAUGGGUUUGAGGCUUUGAAGACAAGGAUAUCAACUAAGGGGGAUAUCAUAAAUGCUCUAGAGGACAAAGAUAUCAGCAUUGUUGGGAUAUGUGGUCUGCCUGGGGUAGGUAAGACGAUAAUGGCAAAGGAAGUAAUGACUCAAGUCAAAGGUGGAUUAUUUGAUGAGGUUGCCAUGGUAGUUGUUUCUAAGGAUGUAGACAUAAUAAGAAUACAGGAUAAACUUGCUGAUAUGCUCGGUUUGAAAAUUGAUGAAAAGACCAAUGAAAUUGCUAGAGCUGCUCGACUUACCGAAAGACUUACUCAGGAUAGUAAAAAGAGAAUUCUUGUAAUAUUAGAUGAUGUAUGGACAGACAUUAAUUUGGAAACAUUAGGAAUUCCUUCAUUAAAUCGUCCCGAGGGGUUGAAAAUUCUAUUGACAUCACGCUUUGAAUAUGUCUGCAAAGGGAUGGGAGCUCAAAGGAACAUUGAAGUUGGAGUUUUGCCUAGAGAAGAAGCUUUUGCACUUUUUCAAGAGAUUUCAACAAUUUCUAAUGGUGAUACUCAACUAAUGGUUAUAGCAAAACAAGUUGCAGAGGAGUGUAAAGGUUUACCUCUUGCACUUGAGGUUGUCGGCAAAACACUCAUAAGCAGUAAACUACAUGAAUGGAGGAAUGCUCUUAAUCAACUACAAAAUUCUCAACAUGGUGAUAGAGUAUACUCAAGUAUAGAGUUGAGCUACAACAAUUUGAGAAGUGAAGAACACAGGUCCUUGCUUUUGCUAUGCUCUCUUUUCCCUGAAGAUGAGAGCAUUCCAAUUGAAAGUUGGGGAAUUUGGCCAGAUGACCCACUUGGACAAUGAUUUUGGACAAAUAGCCUUUGACCAUCAUUAAAAUGGAAUAAAAAAAUUUAAAAUGUUUUAAUUGAUAAAAUGACAAAAUUGUCCUUCAGUUUAUAUCAAAUUAUUCACCCAACUUCUUUCAUUUCACCUUCUUCUUUCUUCUUCCCUUUUCCUGUGAAACCCUAUUCCCCAAACUUGAAUUCCAAACCCAUCUUCUUCAUCUUAAUUUUCACUAUAUUUCAAUAUUACAAAAAACUUUUCUUUGACUCUAGUUUAUUUCACAUUACUUUACCCUCUCUUUGGUACAAGUUAAGACAACAAAAAAAGGUAAUUUUUUCUACGAUUUUUUUUCUUUUUUGUUAUUUUAAAAUGUGAUUUU